AUGUCACUUUUUUUGCUGCAUCCAUCAUUUCACAGUUAUAAACCCAACUUUAUUCAUCAAUAUUUUUUAUUCUAUAUCCUCGUCCUCAUCUUCCUCCUCCUCCUUGUGCUUCUUAUUUUACCUCUUUUCUUCUUUUUUCCUCUUCUUUCUUCUUCUUCUUCUCAAGAUCCUCGUCCACAUCUUCCUCCUCCUCCUUGUGCUUCUUAUUCUACCUUUUUUUCUUUUCCUUUUCUUCUUCUUCUUCUUCUUUCUUCUUCUUCUCAAGAUCCUCGUCCUCAUCUUCCUCCUCCUCCUUGUGCUUCUUAUUCUACCUCUUUUUCUUCUUUUUCCUCUUCUUCUUCUUCUUCUUCUCAAGAUCCUCGUCCUCAUCUUCCUCCUCCUCCUUGUGCUUCUUAUUCUACCUCUUUUUCUUCUUUUUCCUCUUCUUCUUCUUCUUCUUCUUCUUCUUCUUCUUCUCAAGAUCCUCGUCCUCAUCUUCCUCCUCCUCCUUGUUCUUCUUAUUCUACCUCUUUUUCUUCUUUUCCUCUUUCUUUUCUUCUAUCUUUCUUCUUCUUCAAGAUCCUCUUCUUCAUCUUCCUCCUCUUUUUCUUGUGCUUCUUAUUCUACCUCUUUUCUUCUUUUUUUCUUCUUUUCCUUCUUCUUCUUCUUCUUCUCAAGAUCCUCGUCCACAUCUUCCUCCUCCUCCUUUCUUUCUUCUUAUUCUACCUCUUUUUCUUCUUUUCCUCUUUUUCUUCUUCUUCUUCUGCUUCUUCUUCUUUCAAGAUCCUUCCUCAUCUUCCUCCUCCUCCUUGUUCUUCUUAUUCUAAAUCUUUUUUCUUUAACCAUUUUCCUUUUCUUCUUCUUCUUCUUCUUCUUCUUCUCAAGAUCCUCGUUUUCAUCUUAUUCCUCCUCCUUGUGCUUCUUAUUCUACCUUUUUUUUCUUUUUUUUUCCUCCUUCUUCUUCUUCUUCUCAAGAUCCUCGUCCUCAUCUUCUUUUUGUUUCUUAUUCCUAUUUUUUUUUCUUUUUCUUCUUUUAUUAUUUUUCUUCUUUUCCUUUUUUCUUCUUCUUCUUCUUCUUUUUCUUCUUCUUCUUCCCUCAAGAUCCUCAUUCAUCUUCCUCCUCCUCCUUGUUCUUCUUAUUCUACCUCUUUUUCUUCUUUUUUCCUCUUCUUCUUCUUUUCUUCUUCUUCUUCUUCUCAAGAUCCUUUCCUCAUCUUCCUCCUCCUCCUUGUCUUCUUAUUCUAUUCUUUUCUUCUUUUUCUUCUUCUUCUUCUUUCUUUCUUCUUCUUCUUCUCAAGAUCCUCGUCCUCAUCUUCCUUUCCUCCUUGUUCUUCUUAUUCUACUUCUUUUUUCUUUUUUUCUUCUUCUUCUUCUUCUUCUUCUUUUUUCAAGAUCCUAAAUUCUUCUUCUUCUUCCUCCUCCUUCUUUUCCUUCUUAUUCUUCUUUUUUCUUUUUUUUCUUCUUUUUUUCUUCUUCUUCUUCUUCUUUCAAGAUCUAUUCUCCUCAUCUUCCUCCUCCUCCUUUUGCUUCUUUCUAUUUAUUCUUUCUCUUUUCUUUUUUUCCUUCUUCUUCUUCUUUUUCCUCUUCUUCUUCUUCUUCUUCUCAAGAUCCUCGUCCACAUCUUCCUCCUCCUCCUUGUGCUUCUUAUUCUACCUCUUUUUCUUCUUUUUCCUUUUCUUCUUCUUCUUCUUCUUCUUCUUCUCAAGAUCCUCUCUUUUUCUAUCUAUCUAUCUAUCUAUCUCCCGUUAUCUUUUCAUUUUAUCUAUCUGUCUAUCUAUCUAUCUAUCUAUCUUUAUCUUUUCUUUUUUUUCUAUCUAUCUAUCUAUCUAUCUAUCUAUCUCCCUUUAUCUUUGCAUGAACCUAUCUAUUUCUCUUCUCUCUCUAAAAAGAAUUAUAAUAUAA